GUGUAGACAAGUGUAUAAUGCCCCUUAAAUGUUACCAUGGUAACGAAUUUGCAAGAUUGUUGAUUUUAUGAAGUUUGUAACGCCGUACAAUAUUUUUAUAACAAUUCUUAUUGAAUAUUUACCAAUUUUAACUAAAUAAUAAAUCAUGGCCAUGAGAAAUCCAAGACUACCGAUGUUACCCGGUUACGGCGCCAACCCCUUGAUUGGGAGAACCAAAUUUGGAGUUCGUCCAGUUUUCACAUCGAUCGACAAAGUUAACAUGUUAGUCGACAAAGCAACUGAAGAAAACAUCGUGCCCUCGCUGUACUCUCGAAAGCAAGCUCCUGAGUUACCUACCUGGCUCAUGUACGAUAAGAACAUACUACGAUUCGAAGCGUAUUUCCAACAAACGCUGCAUGAGUUGCGAUCUGCGUCCAGCUUGCUUCGCAAAGUGAAUAUAUUCUUCUUCCUUGAAGAUGGUACGAUCAAGGUUAUGGAACCACGGACGGAUAACAGCGGUAUGUCGCAAGGAACAAUGAUAUGUAGACAACGAAUCAGACUUCCGCACAGCUACGAUAUGUAUUACGAUGUACUCGAUUUGAAUAUUGGAAGAGAGGUCACUUUUCACGGAAAAGUUUUUAAAAUUGUGAAUUGCGACAAUUUCACUAGAGUGUUCUUAAAUCGCCUUGGAAUCAAUGUACCAGAUCCAUUAAACUGGCCAGAUGCUGUUGAAAGAACUCUACCAAAAGAAAAACCGCCCAAACAUAGACCGUUUCGCCAAUUCCUGGAUUUUGACAGACAAGUGUUAAGAUUUUACGGUUAUUGGGACGACCGCGGGUCAGAAUUUGGUACCAUUCAUACACUCGAGAUACAUUACUUCUUGGGUGACGACACUAUCGAGAUUAAAGAAACUCUUCCACCAAACUCUGGAACUGAAGCAGGACCAAUGUUCCUGAAGAGAAUGCGACUGCCCAGAAAACUGCCAGAUCACGUGGAAAUGACGGGUGGUCCACUGCCGUCAUCGUACAGCCCAGCAGAUUUAAGCAUCGGAGCAGUCAUGAAUGUGUUUGGACGGAAUGUCGUAUUAACGGAUUGUGAUCCUUUUACUAAGGAAUACUAUCGUGUUACAUAUGGAUUCGAUACAUUUGUGCCGCUGGCGACACCGGGCGCGGAAUCGCACUGUGUGAGCACCAGUGUGGCGGAUCGUGAACUCCCACCAUGGAAUGGCUACGGCUCGUAUGACGACUCUGCUGAGAAUUGUCGUACUGUCGAACCUAAGCCUGUGCAUGGGGAUUUCAUGAAGUUUCUUCACAAGGAUAAGGUUGGCUUCGAUUCGCAUGUUCUUCGCUUCGCUGCACGGCUUAUUACUGACAAUCCUGAAGACGGAGAGCGAUAUUUCAUUGUCAAAUACUUCUUAAGUGAUGACACCAUAGGCAUAUUCGAACUAGGCGAAAGGAAUUCCGGAUUUAAGGGUGGUAAAUUCUUCCGACGCGACAAGAUGUAUCAUCCGGACGUGGACUUCUUUGUGCCGAAAGAGCCACCCUCGUACACCGACCAGGAUAUGUGGAUCGGCAAUGAACUUGUGAUCCGCAAGCAUCGCUUUAGACUCGUUGCCGCCGAUGAGUACGCCUUGCGGUAUAUGGAGCUACACACUAAAGAGUAUCCAAUGGCUAACGUACCACUGAUUAUGGACAAGAUUCGACGUACUUUGGCAGCUAAGGAAAACGGCUACAAGAACUUUGUUGCAAAGUACAUGGACGCUGUCAUGCCAAAUAAUAAAGAUUUAAUGACGACGCGUUGUUUCAAACAAGCACUGAAAGAAAUAAUGUGUGAAAAAAUGACAGAACAUGAGUUUAUAACAUUGAUCCGAUAUUUCCGUGGUGAUCCCGGACAAGAGCCGAGCCCCAGAAGGGAAAUGAUCAGGUCUUUGGUGUUCUCGGAACUGACGCGAGGCCUAUGGGACGAUCGUGCGCGACUGCAGGAAGGCCUGUUACACGCCGACGAGGCCAAAUUGGGAGCAUUGUCCGUUCCACGCUUACGGCAAUUAUUGCGUGCGCAUCGCCUGCCCAUCAACACUGACCUCAUGGACUGCAUGCUAGGAGUAUUGGACAAAGAUGACGACUGCAAUAUUCGCUACGACGACCUGAUGUCGUUUUUGGACUUCCAAACUCGCCCUGUCUACAACCUCGCGGAGGGAGACUACCAGAAAGUUGUGCGACAUGCGCCCCCUGUUAAAUUUACAGAGUGCAAACAGUGGGCAGACGUGGACACCAUGAUUAAGGAGGGCUACGUUAACUGGAGCGCCUUCCUCUGCCAACUGAAUCUCGAGCAUCUUGUUAGAGAUCCUCAGCCUUAAAAUGUUUCGUGUUAUACCGCACUGCAUCCACUACGAGUGCUGCACACACCCCGAGUGUUCAUAAACGAUUACUUGAAAAUUGCCAAACGCCACGCUGUUAUAUAAUAGUACAUUAUGAUACAAGUGCGAAAAAUAAGAAUUUUUUUUGAAAACAGCUUUUUUCAUGUGCUGCUGGCUCGAGUAUUUAAAUCACUUAUAUUUUUCUGACGGGACAGAUUAAAAAAAAAUAUGAGAUAGAAAAUGUGCCUUAAAAAUGUCUACGAUUACUGGCAAAAAUUUGUUUGGUUUGAAAAUGCGAUCACAAAAUAAUCCGCAAAAUUCAUUGUAUGAAAAAUUGAAUUUCGUUAAAGUUCUCCAUACAAAACGCCAAUUACAUAGGUAAUUACCUAAUAUUACUGACAGCGUCAAUUUUAUGUGUUCUUCAUUUUCAAUGCUUCAAAUGACAUUUUGGUCAAUAUAUAAACUAAAAACAAGCAAAACUAUUCCAAUUUUAUGACAAAUACGGAAAAGGGCUGGCGCGUUAUUUUUUUUAACGCACGAUUCCAAUGCGCGCGCAAAGCAAAGGCGCGAUCGAAAUCAACAAACAGCCAAUUUAAAAAUUUUAAAAAAGCUAAUAUUUUCGUUUUUCUAUUCGACGGAUGGAGAUCUAAUCGAUAUAAUGAAAUGUUUUUUCAUUUAUGUAAUUUACGAGAUAAUUGAAUCUAUAAAUUUUAUGUUUGCUGUGAUAAAACCUCUUUGAACUAACAUUUGAAACCAGAUAGUUGGUUAAAAAAAAUGCAUUACUCGAUCAAAUUAAGAAGGCUCCGUUUCCAUGCAUAUUAUUAGCAAUCAGUUACCUUCGUAACUCAGUCGGAAAAUAUAAUGAAAAAGCACGAGUUUUAUAAUAUACUGAAAAAGCACGCGUGUUUAAUAUUUAGGAUUAUGAGUAAAGAAUCGUUGGAAUAACGUCGUUUUGAGCAAGUGCGUUGAAAACAUUUAAUAAUUAAAAUUACCACCUACGCGCACAUUAUAAACGCACAAUGUUUGGCUGUAUUGCGUCUGUAAGAAUAAUUAAGAUGUGUGCUGUGGUAUGCGAAGAGAUGCGCACUUUAAAAAUUGUUCAUUUGUAACAAAUCAUUAAUUGUAUUGUAAAUUCGUGACACAAAGUCAUAGUGCCGAACUGGGGCCUAUUGCAUAAUAUGAUACAAGCUAAUACUAUAAGUGAUUUUGUAUGUAAAAUCACUAAGCGCUCCUUGCACCAUCCCACUAACCCGGGGUUAACCGGGUAAACCUGGAGUUCCCAUGGUUACCAGUACAAUAUUAGCUUGUAUUUUAUUAUGAAAUCCAGCCCUGGUUUGGAAACAACCUUUUUGGGGGAUUCAUUAAUUUAAUCAUGUUAUUUGAAUUAUGUAUAGAUACUUGUAUCUAAACGGGUUUCUAAUUAAAAAUACAGGUUCUAGUUUCGAUUUGAA